AUGGCGCCCUCGUCAACCCAACAGGUUCUGCUCUCCCCAGCAGAGCUCUCCUACCUGCACACCUCCCUCUCCCUCACCCCACCCAUCCGCCCCGAUAGCCGUAGCCCCUCACAGUUCAGACCCUUGGUCGCAGAGAGCAACAUCUUGCCCGGCACGAACGGUAGCGCGCGCAUCUGUUUCGCUGACGGCACGGAGGCUAUCGUGGGCGUCAAAGCUGAGGUAGAGAAGUCGCGGCCGAGUUGGAACGUUGUUGAAGGGGAAGACGAGGAUGGCGAGAGCGAGGGUGAGGGUGAGGGUGAUGGAGAAAAGAAAAAGAGGGCAUUGAACGAGUGGGUGGAGAUUGGGGUUGAGAUUCCGGGGAUGAGAGACGAUGACUCGAUGCCGGUGUUCCUCGCGGCGCUGUUGAGCGAGGCGCUCUUAGCCGAUGGGGGUUUUACGCAGAGGUUGUGGAUCAAUGCGCGCUUCCAUUGGAAGCUGUAUUUGGACAUCCUCCUGCUGUCACAGCCUCUGUCAUAUCCGCUCCCUCUGCUCUCACUUACGACCCACUUGGCACUCUUGUCUACGAGACUACCGAAGCUGAAGUCAGAAGGCGACGAAGAUCCGCUAUUCGAUGAUGAUUGGGAUGCCUCUGUCUACAUCUAUCCGAGGGAGGCGCAGGCGGCGCAUGCGAGGCCACCUGUGACGCUGCUCGUUAUGGCUGUGAAAGAAAAUAUUAUUUUCGACCCGAGUAAAGAGGAGUUGGCAGUCGCAGAAGUAGUCCUGGCCGUAUCUGUUGGAGAGCGGGCUCAGGGACGUGGAGGCAUGGAAAUCGAUGGCAAGACGCGGGACCUGAGAUUAUUGUCGGUUAGGACUAUUGAUCCCCCGUCAAGACUAACCGCUCCUGGUCUGCCGAAUAGGUCGAAUACCGCUACAGGAGGAACGGCCACUACGAAUGAACAGGCUGCGAGUCAACGAGAGCCGAUGGAAGAAGAGGGUGUUUGGCAGCCGCCUAGAGGCGGAGCGAAGAGGAAAGUGAUUGCGGCUAUGAUUCAGAAGGUUUUGGAGCAUGGAGGUGUUGCAGAAGAGGUACUGGAUGGCCUCGACGGCGUUGAGCUGGGUUAG